UACACUCUGCCCGUCAUCUGCCUACUCAAAUUCGAAAAAGAUGCAAAAUAGAAAUUUCUUUGUUUUGACAAGUCGCGUCUGUCAAAACAACUGAAAGCCGGCGUUAACUCUUAGAACAUCAAAAUUUUAUUUUUCUCCUUCAAAAUUUCGUGUAUCAAAUAUCCACCAAGGCCCACGUUUCCGAUCCGAGUUUUCAAGUGCACUUUCCAGUGAGGCGAAAAACGUAGAAAAUGUCGACGAAAGUGAAUGUGAAAGAUCGCGUGGAAGACAACACCAUCGACUUGAGCCUCUCCGAGCUGACCGAAGUUCCGGUUCGAGAAAUUGCUGUAUACAAACGAGCAACAACUCUCGAUUUAUCCAGCAAUAAUCUAACCUCGCUCGGGGAUUCAUUCUGUCAAUUGACACACUUAACAAAACUUGAUUUAAGUAAAAAUCAGAUAGAAGCACUUCCCGAAGAGUUUGGAAAAUUAAAAAACCUUCGACAUUUGGAUUUAUACAACAAUAAAAUAGAAAAUUUGCCGCUUAGUUUUGGUAAUUUAACAAAUUUAAAAUAUUUAGAUUUAAAAUCAAACCCACUUUCACCGUCACUUUCCAAGGUCGCUGGCCUGUGCCUGACAACUAGAGAUUGCACUGAAGCCGCUAAAAAUACUGUAAAGUUCCUGGCAUAUCUACAACAAGAGGUAGAAAAAGCCAACGAAAAACUACGCUUAGAGGACGAAUCAAAACUUGAAAUCGUCGAAGUGAAGAAAUCCGAGACGCAGAAAUCAAAAAAGAAGAAGAAGAAGAGCAAAAAAUCGAAAAUGGAUAAUCAGGCGUCUACCGUGCUUCACGCACAAGACAAUGCGAACAACCAUAACAUCAAAACUAAGAAUUCAGAUAACUAUCACGAAAGCGGAGCAUCGCCACCCAAGUCAUCGAGCAUUUUUAUGUCACUCCUUAUAUUCUGCUUAAUUCUAUUCGCCAAUAUUCUCUUCGUUUAUUUAGUUUACGGCAACAACAAAGAACUAACGGACAGUGUCAUAAGUAUCAUCCCUCACAACUACCGACAAGGCAUUGUCGAAACGCUGAAUAAAGUUGGAGUUUUCACAUUUUUCGAAAGAACUUCGGACAUCGUUCGGCGAACGCUCGGAUUAGAACACUUUAGAAUCAGAACCUUUGAUCACGCUGAUUAGAUUCGUUACAUGAAUCCGCUGUACGGCGGGAAACAGCGGGGUUAGCAAAAGAACAAACAUUUUCGAUCGUAGAUAAUUCAUAUACACGCAUCUUCCAUUUGCUAUUUUUCAUAUCAUUCAUACAUAGAUAUUCAUUAUUUUCUGCAAUAUUUUCAUAGAUUUAUUAACAGACAAAGAUUUACACACAAUAAAAGUCGAAAAUCAAAAUGGGAAUAAAUUCAACACCGCGUACGUACAAACAGUUAGAACUUAAUGACGGACUUUUAAAAAUGGAAAUAAAUCUAAUUUAUACAGUUGAAAUGUUGAAGAAUAAUUAUAUUAAAUAAAUAUUUGCCAUUCUCAAAAAUUUA